AUGCUCCUCCGCUUAUUCCUCCUCGCUGUCGGCUCAAUACAGAUCCGGGCAGAUCAGAUCACCUUUGAAGGUCAUCAGCGUGCUCAGCUCAGCGAGUGGCGAGCAAUAGGUCCGCUGCCUAUCGGCACUCGCGAAUGGACUGUAUCACCUUUUCCUGUCCCUCUAAAGUCGCUGCAUGAUGCGCGCCAGCCAUCAUUGCUUGUGGCGAAUGGCACUGUGGGAUGGCGUACGCUGUCUGCGGAUUCGAAUGGAUGUGUACAAUGGACAGACAGCGCCGCUUCGUAUGAUCCCCUUCGCGAUACGAUCGGCUGGUCUGCCUUGCAAAGCCAGACCCAGAUACGUGCUCUGUUGACACUGAGCGCCUCCGCUACCCUUGCACUCAAUGUACUCGACGCCGCAGAGUUCUUGGUUCGCAAUGAGACAUGGACAUCGCAGACCUUUCAAGCGGAUCUCUAUGGCUAUAGCAGACCAUACGAUGAGGAUCACAAUCCGUAUGCAUUCACACAGACGUUGUCUGCUGGUGAUUAUCAGGUUUAUAUCCGACACGUCUACGACGUACGCAGCAGAGGAGAUUCAGGAGUCGGCAAUCAGCCUGCAAACAAUGUCUGCGUGACCGCUACGCCGAUCAGACGUGGCCAUCUGAGACUAUAUGCAGACGGACUUUGUCUGCCAAGCCUUGUGCUCCAGACCACAACGAUGAAGCUUGUCAGCUCGCUAGGAAGGAUCCUUGUCCGCAACUGGCACGAUGCGUCGAUCAAUCUCACGCAAAUUCAUUGCCUGUCGUCGCUCUGUCGUCAGCUGAAGCCGUCCGUAGAAGCCGUCUCACUCGGACCCUAUCAGACGAGUGAGAUCGUCCUACACCUGACCACUGAGUCGCUGUCGCUCGAACCAUCGGAGCUUGUGCUCGCAUUCUCGCUCGAGUAUACCUUGCAUGUGGCGACGCUCAGAUCGGCUAAAGUUAUCGUGAACGUAAAGUCGAUGCCUCUCGGCUACGUACAACACGGCGAUCCAUUCAAAUACACUUUUAGGGACCUGGACGGCAGCACCGACUUUGCAGUUGCUAUACCGCCCAUGGAGCCAUCAAAGCAGUCGCGCAUAAUCGUUGCGCUGCAUGGCGCAGGCGUCGUUGCCUCUGACCAGUUCUGGGUGGACGGCAUGGCUCGCCAGCAGCAUGCCUGGACUGUGUUACCGACCGGCAAGACCAGUUGGGGCUAUGACUGGCAUUCGCUUUCUGCAAGUAACGUCUUUGCAGCAGUCAAUGCAUUGUCGGACACAAUCUUUCGCUAUGAUGUUGAUAGUGCAAUGCCCGACUUCUCAAAGUCAACCGCGAUCGGUCACAGUAAUGGCGGGCAGGGCGCGCUGUACCUUCUGACUCACUACGCUGAUCGCUUCAACGGGGGCCUUCUGGCCUCCGGCUACGUCAAGAUCGACGACUAUGUAUCGUCAGGGAUCAUGUCUGUCGAGUCUCAUUCGCUUGAUUCAGCUUUGCGCGGGGUUCUGCGCUCAUCUCUCUCUGCUUUCGAUAAUGACCUCUUCCUGACGAAUGCGGCUGAUCAUCAGCUAAUGUUUGUCAGCGGUCAAGACGACGACAAUGUCCCCGUAUACCACUCUCGCGUCCUCUUUGACCGCGCAAAACAAUACGCAGCAUCAGCAGAGCUGGUUGAAGUGCCUGGGGCGGGUCAUUGGUUUGACGAUAUCUUCAGGAGCACAUCCUCGCAAGACUUUAUCAGACGUACGCUCAACCAUGAACCGUUGCGAGCCGUCAAGCAGCUCGUGACGGUCUCCUCAGAGCAGACUGGCUGGCUUGGCUUGCGUGCAUUCAUUACCACGCCGGGCCGUCUUGGCCACUUCCAAGUCGAAGUCGAGUCUCACGUGCUGCACUUAACAUAUGUUCAGAACCUCCGCGCCUUUACGAUAGAUCCAUCGCUCGCCUGUGUAUCUCGACCGUGUUCGCUCAAGAUUGACGCCAGUACUUUCUCACUUACAUCAACAGUCGCACAUUUUCAAAAGAGCUCGCAUGUCUGGAAGGCAACUGAAACGGCGCCUCCUUCGAAUAUGCCUUUCUUGUAUGAUCUGCUCGAUAGACCCGGCGGUCUUUGCAUCAUAUCGCCUGCACUGCUCCAUCAGCAGGCAAGCAAUCUCGCAGUCAUGUUCAAUAGACAAUACCGCUUGAGAACCGCAGUCAUCGAUGCGUCUGCCUCAUACAUAUCGCAUUGUGCAGGCUCUGCGCUGAUCUAUAUGGGUUCUGCAAGCCGCGACGCCCUUUCGCUGUCCAAUAUCGACCUCGCAUUCGAUGACGAGUCUGUAACGCUUGGAGACAAAGUCUUUGACGCAGCUGCCAUCAUAACGACGUUCCGACUGCCGGAUGGCCGACCAGCGUGUCUGGUAGCUGGCGAGACACGAAGCCUCGACGCAGCAAGCAAGCUCCUGCCAAUCUGGACAGGCUCGCCCGCUGUGCACUGGGCAGUCUUCAAGGCCCGCCAUCUCGUUGCUGCAGGUCACUGGCUCAGCGAUGGCUCAGUAUCUCAACCGAGCUCAUAUCUCGAGUGA